UCUCUCCAGCUGUUCAAUCGAUCGAUCGCUUAGCAAUUGAUUUAGUUAUGCAAUUAUGUAAAUGAUAUGGGAAGUAUGAGCAUAACUCAUGGAGUCGGUGACCAUGAUGAGGAGUUGCAGACAGCAUCAGCAGCAGCAGAGUGCGAGAGCUUCACCUUCAUGAGCUGCUCCGACUUCACCUCCUCCUCCCUCCGCUUCUUCUCCGACUGCGAAGGUGGAGACAGCGACUCAGAGUCAUACAUUGAAAUCGAGGUGGACCGUGGUGGGGCCAAAGUCUACUGCCAUAAUGGAGAGUACGGCAGCAGAGAAGCAAAAUCACAGGAGGAGGAGGAGGAGGAGGAGGAAGAGGAUUUACAGCUCCGUAUAUCGAUCUCCUCCACUGUUCCAUUCCCGAAACUCUGCUCGUCUUCGCUGCAGAGUCGUGAGAUUCCUGAAGUGGAAUUCCGUGGCGUUAAUGAAUCGGCAAUUUUAUCAGGCUUGAGCUCGAGCUGCUCUGAUGCGAGAAUAGAUGGUACAGGUCUUCGGGGGGAGGAGGGGGAAGAGGAGGAGGAGGAGGAGGAAAGGGUGGUUUCUGGUGGUCGGGGAAGGGGUGGCGGCGGAGGAGGAGCAAAGUUCGCAGCUGUGUGCAGGUUGGUGAACGCAGUGGUGUCGAGCCUGAAGGUUUUGCCGGAGACAGGUCAAGAACAUGACGCCAGUUCUACCCGAGAGAACUAUCUCAGCCGCCAUCAACAGCUGCCGAGGUCAAAGGACACAUCGAAGACCACGAAGACGAGGAACGGUGCUCGAGUCAUGCAGUUUCUUUUCAAGUUCCGAGUAAUGCAAUUCCGAACAUUUAUGGCGUCACUGGUGAAAAAUCGACCAGUUCUUGCUAAGGGAAAGACUCUGGGUGAAUCGCCGAGAGAGAUGAGACUCGAGGAGACCCUCCGCUUCCACCACAAGAUGGCCAAAAAUUCGAGACGGGGGGUGGCAGGGAGGAUCGAUAAGAAGACAAAGAGCUGCCCCGGUUCGAUGAAGUGCUCCCCAAUCAACCAAGAGACUUAUGAGAACAGCACUAUAACACAUGGGGGAGAGAGCGCGAUACAGGCCGCCAUUGCUCAUUGCAAGAGAUCGUUCGCUAUGCCAAUGUCCCGUGAUUUUACCUGUAAGUCUCGCCCGUAAUUUCUCCAGAGUGAAAGUUCGGAUGCAUAAAUAAAGUCUAGCUAUGCAAACAUUUCGACUCCUA